AUGCUGCUAGGCAUUCUGGUGGCGAGCAUAGCCUACCAGGCCGGGCUGAAACCGCCUGGCGGGGCGUGGCAGAGCAACGACAACGGGUAUGAGGCGGGCAACCCAGUGAUGCACGACAAGAGAAGUCCCCGGUACCUCACCUUCUUUUACAGCAACUCCAUUUCCUUCAUGGCCUCCAUAGUUGUCAUCAUCAUGUUGCUACCGCGAUGGCUGCCACAUAAGAAGGAAGAAGAAUGGGAGAAACGGUCGCUGAGGGUGAUGAACUGGACGAUCCGACUGGGUUUGGUUGCUCUCCUAGUAGCCUAUGCAGCCGGCUCCAACAGGGGGUGGAAGACGUCUGUUUAUGUCGUCACUCUCAUCCUUGCUGUGCUGGGCUACUUUGCAAUCCAUAUAAUACUAUGUAUUUGUGAGCGUAGCAAACUCAAAGGAAGAUUUGCAGCGAGAAGACACAAGGCAUGUCUGCAGCGUAGCUGUAGUAUGUGA